AUGAAAGGAGAAACGAAAAACGUCAAAACUGUUGAAGAGAAAUCCAAGUCUAUAUCUUUAAGUGUCAAGGAAACUUUAACGGGCCUACGAGAAGUUACCGGGACUAGUCAAAUAGAUGAGAGUUAUCUGAUCGCAGAUAAGCUUGCCUCCAGACAGUCCAUCGAUGUGGCACUAGCUCACGACCGUGGACCAGGCAAAAUUGCACAUCUAUUGAGAAAGCUCGCAAGGGAGUCUGACCAGUUCUGUGAAAUCCAAAAGAAAGAAGAACAGAAAAUUGAAAAUUACCGAAAAAUUUCGGCCAGAUUAACAAACAUCAGUGUCUCCGCUGAUGACGUGGUCGCUUCGCAGUUAGCUCGCUCGAUGGUAACGCGAAGGGAUUGUCAGAGUUUGAUUGAAAAGAACGAUGAGGAUUGUACGAUUAUUUGGGAGGAGAUGAUCAAUAUACUGUCGGAAGAGACAAAGCGAGCCAUUGACCAGCACUUGCAUCUCGCGUUGACUAAUGAGAUGAUGCGAGGAAUUACAACAAUUGGAGAAGUCUCCAAGAAACGGAAGAGAGUCGAUACAGAGGAUUUUGUCGAUCCGCAACCGAGGGAUGACAAUGACACGAGGAUUGCACAUGUUAUCGAGGAAAGUCCAAGCGUAAACAACGGGGCCUUUCAGAUCAACAGACGGCAAGGAACGGGUACUCCGAGUCUUUCAAUUACACAGCAAGAACAGAAGCAGGACCCAGAGGAUAAUGAAUUGGAGCAAUGCUCCACGAUUGAGCAGUUGAGACUCAAGGUUAAAAGUCAAGAGGAGAAGAUUGCCUUUUUGACGGAAGAAAAUAAAACGGUUGGUCCUGAUUCAGAAAUAUCAGAUGCACGGAGCCAGAAAUUUGACUUCUCACUUACCACAGUUGCAAGCUAA